CAGGAAGCGGAUCGGGAUCGGGAACCUGUCCAUAAACAUGUCGACUGCUAUGAACUUUGGGACCAAGAACUUCAAACCUCGACCUCCAGAAAAGGGAGCUUUUCCUCUGGAUCACUUUGGUGAAUGUAAACCUUUUAAAGUGAAGUUCAUGAAGUGCUUACGGGAAAACACAUUUCAGAGCAGUCUGUGCAGAGAAGAAUCAAAGGAGUAUUUGGAGUGUAGAAUGGAAAGGCAGCUAAUGGCCAAGGAACCCAUGGAGAAACUUGGAUUCAAGGACCUAAUAGAUGAUGAUGAAACAACAAAAGAUCAAAACAAGUUAUAACAGCGCACUGUAUAUACAGUAUGAACUUGAACAGAUCGAAUUCUCAUUCUCAGAGACAUUGGAACCUUUUUCUGUACGGGACAGAUUCUUUUUGCGUGUGAAACAUGCUUCAGACAGGUUCCCUUUUCAUAUGUUUUUCAGUCUGGAAGGCUUGGAGUUAUGUCACCCCUGCUUAAGAUCUACUGAACCCUA